CUUGCAAGAGAGAUGCUUUUAGAUUUCAUCUUUCAGGAUAUUGUUUGUAACAAUGAUGCUGUUCGCCAAAUAUCUGCUUUUGUCUUUCAUGGUGGUACGAGUGCAGGGAUAUCUGCACCAAUUUCAGCCGUUCCUGUUUGUGAACAUUAAUGAUACAGCAAAGAUCCAGUGCUCUUCCAAAGAACAAUUUUUAGCAGGAGGUGUGAGAGCUCAGUGGUACAGGAGACGAGAAGGUGAGGCCCCCAUGUUAAUUAAGAGAUGCUCAGAUCAUCAAAAUGUCAAUAAAGUUGCUUGCAUAUUGGAAGGACACAACUUGACACUGGCAAUCUACAAUGCCCAGCGGAGUGACUCGGGGGUUUAUUACUGUACCGAUUCGUACUUCAUCUUGACUUUUCGCAAUGGAUCCACCCUGAUUGUUGGAGACAGUUACACCACUAGCAGUUGGGUGCUGCCUCUGGCUCCAUCUCCCCAAGGCCUCCUCUCCUCCGGGACGACUGAUCUGGCUUGCGUAGUCCAUGGCGUUUCCAACCCAGUCCAAAUUUCCUGGAGUAUUUCUGGGGAUCUGCAGGAACAGGGGCUGACGCGUUCGCUGAAAGCUAAGAAUGGCUCCUUGGUGUUCAUAAAUCACCUCAGCAUCCCCGUGGCCACCUGGACCAGUGGGAAGAAUUUCACCUGUGAUGUUAAAUUCAACUCUUCUGGCACCAGUGUGAAGAAAAUUGCCAGGUAUGUUGAAGCUUCCUCCACAGCCCCUGCCAGCGAGUGCUCACAUUACAUCCUGCCCCUUGCGGCUGGAGCUGGUCUGCUGCUGCUGGUGGUGUCUCUGAGCCUCAUCUGGACCCUCUGCCCUUCCACACUAGGAUUCAAGCCCAGGAUCUCAGCACCUCCAGCUUCAGAGGAGAGCCAGGAUGGAAUCUUAUACGUUCAUCUGGAUUUCGAUUCGCGGAAUCGCAACGGGCGCACGAUGCAGCGACCGACCAGAGGGAAACGUGUAAAACCCUGAACUGUCUAGUGCAGGGGAAUCCACACGUGGGAACUGAUGGCUGGUUCUCUGCUGAUCGGACGUAGCAGCUGGAAGAAGGCUCUGUCUGUCUCCGUCUCCUUUCUUUUUUAUUUUCUCCACUUCUCUGUUUAGAAUAAAAAGCUCAGAAGAUCCCCACAGAG